AUGAACUCGGGCUUCGCGCUGCUGGAGGUGCUGCUGCCGCGCACCGCGCCCGCGCCGUGGUGGCACAUGGCGCCGCUCACCCUCCUGCUCGCGCUCUACCUCGGGCUCGCGUACGUCACGCACGCCGCCCAAGGGUUCUACGUCUACUCCUUCCUCGACAUCCAGGCCAACGGCUCCGGCUCCGUCACGGCGUACUGCUUCGGCAUCCUCAUCGGCAUGGCCAUCAUCUUCGUGCUGGUGCGUUUUUUGGUCAAGGGGCGCGUGUGGGUGACGGAGCGCGCGUGGGGGAUGGAUGGCAAGUUCAGCCGCAGGGAGCAGACGGGCCGGAUGGUGAUGAUGGGGAGCUUGGGGGAGGUGCACGUGGUCGGGGCGGAGGGGUCGGCGGCGGCGGUCGGGAGCGAGGGGUACGUCGACAUGGAGAUGGCGAUGCAGACGCAUGAGGCGGUCAAGAUGCGGUUGAGGGAGGAGGCGGAGCAGCAGGCGCAGGCGCAGGUGGGGCUGCGGCCGGCUUGA